AACGAGUCAUGUCAUGAUUAGCGGCCAUGUUGAAUUUCUUGCAACGCAGGAAAUGUCAGCUGGCGGUUGCCGUAAUUAUUCACUGUAAAAUCUGUGAUAAAAGAUUUACUAGAAAAGUUUGCUGUGAUAUAUCAUUAAAAUCUGCGAGACAAUAACACAAUGGUAGAAUGUUGAUAUAAAGUGAAAAUAUGAAAUUGUUGUGUCAAAGGUGGCAUGCGAUUUCACUUGCAUUUUUAUGGUUUGUGACGAGAUAAAAUGCUUAAAACUCUGACUGAACUGUCCUAAUUAUUGUUUAUUUUCAUUAAAUUAUUAUUUAAGUGUUAAUAUAAAACAGAGUGUGUCAUUACGUCGACCCUAAAUCUGAAGGAAAUUGCACCUGUCGUCUUCGAACAUUUGUGAUAACUGCUCAACAGGAAUCUCCAGGAAGAUAAUUUAUUUAUUUUGGAUACAAACAACAUAAACUACACAAAAUGAACGGUUCAGAAUCCGGGUUCAACCCGGCAUUUAACAUUGCCACCAUAAAACAAGUAGUUAAUGAAGCAAUUGAAAGAGUCGCGCCGGUUUCAGUGCGGAUGCAGACGCCCACGCGGCUCAGAGAUCUGAUCCGUCAGAUCCGCGCGGCACGGACCGCCGCGGAGGAAAGAAGCGUGGUCAACAAGGAGUGCGCUUAUAUACGGUCCACGUUCAGGGAGGAGGAUAGUGUGUGGAGAUGUCGCAACAUAGCGAAACUCCUAUACAUCCACAUGCUGGGCUACCCAGCGCACUUUGGCCAGCUCGAAUGCCUCAAGCUGAUAGCCAGUCCUCGGUUCACGGACAAACGCGUGGGGUACCUGGGAGCCAUGUUGUUACUGGACGAACGGCAAGACGUACAUCUGCUGAUCACGAAUUGCUUGAAGAAUGACCUAAACAGCAACACGCAGUUCGUAGUCGGUCUAGCGCUAUGCACGCUAGGUGCGAUCGCGUCACCAGAAAUGGCACGGGACCUCGCGUCAGAAGUGGAACGCCUCAUAAAGUCCCCAAACGCGUAUAUAAAGAAGAAAGCGGCACUAUGCGCGUUCAGGAUUAUAAGACGAGUCCCGGAUCUGAUGGAAAUGUUCCUACCGGCCACUAGGAGUCUGCUGACUGAGAAGAAUCAUGGUGUGCUUAUCACCGGCGUGACCCUCAUCACGGAAAUGUGCGAGAACAGUCCGGACACGCUUAACCAUUUCAAAAAGAUUGUGCCGAAUUUGGUGAGGAUAUUGAAGAACUUGAUCCUGGCUGGUUAUUCACCGGAGCAUGAUGUCAGCGGUGUCUCCGAUCCAUUCCUACAGGUGAAAAUCCUCCGUCUCCUCCGGAUACUGGGCAAGAACGACGCGGAAGCGUCCGAAGCGAUGAACGACAUACUCGCCCAAGUGGCCACCAACACGGAGACGAGCAAGAACGUCGGCAACACUAUAUUAUACGAAACUGUGCUCUCCAUCAUGGACAUUAAGUCGGAGAGUAGCUUGCGCGUGCUAGCCAUCAACAUACUCGGACGGUUCCUGCUGAAUAACGAUAAGAAUAUCAGAUACGUGGCACUGAAUACGUUGCUGAGGACGGUACAUGUUGAUACGUCUGCGGUGCAGAGACACAGGACUACUAUAUUGGAGUGUUUGAAAGAUCCGGACGUAUCGAUCCGACGGCGGGCGAUGGAGCUAUCCUUCGCGCUAAUCAACGGGCAGAACAUUCGCGCCAUGAUGAAGGAGCUGCUUGUGUUCCUGGAGCGGUCGGACGCGGAGUUCAAAGCGCACUGCUCCAGUGCGAUGGUGCUGGCCGCUGAGAGACACGCGCCCAGCAGCAAGUGGCAUUUGGAUACGCUGUUCCAGGUGUUGUUGAAGGCGGGCAACUACCUCCGCGACGACACAGUGUCGAACACGAUCCAGAUAGUGUCCGCGGCGCCGGGCGAGCGGCAGGCGUACGCGGCCAUGCGGCUCUGGGUGUCGCUCGAGCGGAGCGCCGUCUGCGGCGACGCCACCGAGAAGCAGCCGCUCGUGCAGGUUGCCGCUUGGACGAUAGGCGAGUACGGCGACAUGCUGGUGUCGGAGGCCAGUAACGCCAUAUCCAUGGUCGAUGAUGAUGGAGUCGACGAGUUCACUCGGCCGUCAGAGGAGUACGUGAUCGACGUGUACCAGAAGCUCUUGUGGUCGACACAAUUAUCCAUAACUACCAAGGAGUACUUGCUGUUAUCUCUGGCCAAGCUGUCCACGAGAUUCACUACGCAGCCGAGUCAGGAUAAAAUCCGCGUGAUCAUAGACACGUUCGGCUCUCACAUACACAUCGAACUGCAGCAGCGAGGCGUCGAGUUAUCACAGCUAUUCAGGCAGUACGCGAGCCUGCGGCCGGCGUUACUGGAGCGCAUGCCGGCGAUGGAGGGCGGGGCUGCGGGCGAGCGCGACGACAGCGACGCGGAGCCCGAGCCCGCGCUCGCCGGCCCGCCGCCCGACCAGGACGCGUUACUGGAUCUCAUCAUCGGUUCAGAGCCGCUGUCCAAUGGUGAUGUGGAACACGCAGCGCCCGCCGCUAACAACAAUACUAGCACCAAUGACAUUCUCGAUCUACUAAGCGGUCUCGACCUGAGCGCGACCAGCACUAUGCCCACGAGCGCGCCCGUGAGCGCAAUGAGCGGAAUGAGCGCGAUGAGCGGAGUGAGCGGCCUCAACAACAACAUGGCGCCCGCUUUGUUGGAUGGACUGUUUGGAGCGCCAUCCACGGUUACUAAUGUUGCGGAGCCACCUGAGACGAUAGUAACGGCGCUAGAGCGCAACGGUCUCGUCGUGCAGCUGCACGUGCGGCGCGGCGGCGAGACGGCGGCGCUCACGAUGCGCGCGCACUCCACCGCGCCCGCCGCCAUCACCGACUUCCUCUUCCAGGCGGCCGUGCCGAGGACUUUCCGAUUGGACAUGAUGUCGCCGUCGGGUAGUGUGCUGACGCCACAGGGCGAGAUCACGCAGCAGUUGAAAGUCACCAACCCCUCCAAGACACCACUGCGUCUCCGGAUAAGGGUGUCAUACACGAUGGACGGCAAUCCUGUACUAGAGCAGGCGGAGGUGAACAACUUCCCGCCGGACCUGUUCAACUGACACGGCCCUCGGGACGCUUGGCCCGCGGGGCACGGCCCACGGGACACGUGACCCAAGGGCACAUGGCCCAAGGGACGCGUGACCGAUGAGACACGGGGCACGUGACCUGCGGGAUAUGGCCAAGGGACACGUGGCCGAUGAGACACGGGGCACGUGACCUGCGGGAUAUGGCCAAGGGACACGUGGCCGAUGAGACACGGGGCACGUGACCUGCGGGAUAUGGCCAAGGGACACGUGGCCGAUGAGACACGAGGCACGUGACCUGCGGGAUAUGGCCCAAGGGAUGCAGCCGAAGGACACACGGAUGGUGGCGCUCGGCCUAUGGGAUACUGUCCGUGCGACCAUGAUAGAAUAUGUGACACGUGGACCAAGGUUGUGAGUGAGCAAAGUGGCUAAUGGGACAAGUUGCUAACGAGCAAAGUGGUUCACGGACCAAGUUGUUUGUUAACCAAAUUGCUCGUAAGCAUAUUUCCCAUGAGCAAUAUUGCCUGCGGGCCAAGUUGCUCAUAAGCAAAGUGACUCACGGGCCAAGUCGCCCAUUAGCAAGUUUGCUUAUGAGAUAAGUUACCCAAGUGCAAUGUGGCACUUGAGCCAAGUUGUUCAUGAACAAAAUGGCCUAUGGGACAAGUUACUAAUAGGCAAAGUGGCCCACUGGCUAAGCCCCUCGUUAGCCAAGCGGCUCAUUAGCAAAACGGUCCACGGGGCCACGAAGCUACUAGCCGUACGACGAGUGUCACCGGUCUGUGGGGACGCACGGACACACGGACAUAUGGAUAGUGUCAGAUACUUUUGUGAAUGUUACUAUUAUGAUGUGAUGA